CAAGCAGGCUAAAAAUAGGCGUCGCGCUACGCGCUGCGUGUUACGUAAGCGCAUACCCCGCGAAAUGUCUACGUGGUCAGUCGCGCGGUGGCUGCAACUCAUCCAGCACUGGCAACUGCGCAAGCGGUGUUUGCAUUCUUCUGCCAUGGUCUCGCCAUGGAGGUUCCUUUCGUUCCUCGGCUUUGCAGCGGCGGCUCUCGCUAAGUCCAGCACGGGCAACUCGGUCUUGGUCGUGCUCGACCCCGGAUCGAGCAGGGACAACUUCUCGAGGUUCUUCGACGGGCUUGAAGCGCGGGGGUAUGAGCUGACGUUCAGGACUCCUAAGGAUGCGCACCCCGCUGUGAUUGAGCAUGACCAUCCUGAGUAUUCUCAUGUAAUUCUCUUCGCGCCCGAGUCUAAGACAUACUCUUCGGACAUCACUCCCCAGUCCUUGGUCACGCUCCUUUCAAAGAACACAAACCUGCUCAUCGCAGUAUCCCCCAAAGCGACGCCCUUGACGUCCUUGGCAGCGGAGUUCUCGCUCAUCCUGCCACCUCCAGGCACGCCUCUGGUCUCGCACUUCCCUGAGCGCGAUACCCCCGCGACCGUAAUCCCCGUGGACGUCUCGCCGUCCAAUCCGGUACUCUCAGGCAGCCUGCCGCCCGUGUGGUUCUCCGGCGUCCCCUUCGCGUUCAACAGCAACCCACACAUCGUGCCUAUUCUGAAUGCGCCACCGCAGAGCUUCGCCGCGGACUCAGACGCAGAUUCGGGUGCGGACGCGGUUGUGGAGGCUGCGGACAAGGGCGGCGAGGGCCUCUGGGCGGGUAGCUCUCUCGGGCUCGUCGCUGGCUUCCAGACGCUUGGUGGUGGACGUGCUACCUGGGUCGGUGGAGUAGAUCUGUUCAGCGAUGAGUACGCGCAGAAGCCUACGCUUGACGGAAAUAAGCCUGGUAACGAGCAGUUCGCUGCCGAUGUGGCAGCGUGGACUUUCCAAGAGACGGGUGUGCUGCGUGUUGACGGCAGCACGCACCACCACGUCAACGAAACCACGCCGCGGGACAGAUACACGAUCAACGAUCGCGUCACGUACACGCUCCGCGUGUCGAAGUACAACCCGACGUCGGCUGAGUGGGAGCCGUACUCUGGCAUCGACGGCAUGCAGCUCGAGUUCACGAUGCUGGACCCCCACAUCCGGACCGCGCUCCAGCCGACGCCCGGGGUGCCCGGCGAGUACUCGCUGACGUUCCGCGUCCCCGACCGGCACGGCGUGUUCAAAUUCAACGUUGACUACAAGCGAAAAGGCUGGUCCUACCUCCAGAGCACGACCGUCGUCCCGGUCGUCCCGCCGCGGCACGACGAGUACCCGCGCUUCCUGAGCCCCGCGUGGCCCUACUACGCCGGCGCGAUCAGUACGAGCGCCGCCUUCCUCGCGUUCUGCGCGCUGUGGCUCGCGGGCGACAGCGCCGAGCCGAAGAAGUCGAAAAGCACGAAGUCUGACUAGCGUGCAGCGUGCCCCCCUUGUAUGGAGCUUGACUGUAAUUUAAUUAUCCAUGCUGGUGUUCUAGAUGGGCGACACAUGCGGCGACGUAGGGUCCGUGAAGAGUCGGAGGCAAGUACAAUCAUAGACACUGAGCGCAUGUGAGUUGCAGCGGCGGGAACGGUGACGUAGCGCGAUUUAAUUGCUUUCAAGAAGCAUGCUGUCAAGAUGCUACACACACGCGUCCACAAUUAAGUACAGCAAUGAUUUGGCGACGAUACCAAUGGCGUCUUCUCC